AUGGAGGAGUCACAAAUGGGAGAACUUAUAAUCCUACUCGACUGUAAUAUUCAAUAUGUUCGAUGUCCUUCAUCCUACAGACUUUGGAAACUGGCUCAAAAAACACCCCCUAGCAAAAUAAGAGAGAUUGCACUAAAUGCAGCAAAGGGUGAUCAAAACGAGAAUACAAAUAAUACAAGAGACAAGAAAGAUUGGGACUUCGUUACACCAAGUGGAGUUGAAGAAGAAAAGAAGAGCAAAGGCUAUCUGAAAUUUUUCAAAAAGGUGGCAAAAUAUGUCAGCACUGUGAUUAUUUUUGGAAUUGUAUGGCUGGGGUCAAUCGUUACGAAGUCCACGCUUUUUGUUCUCGGCAACGCCUACACACAAGACUACAGUGAUAGCAGAUGCCCAUACGUGAAAGAAGGUCAAGUUCAACAAUAUUAUUAUCCGAAAUAUAUGGUCACGUUAAUAUUGAUGAGUUGUCUAUGUCUUCCCGAAGUUCUUACUGGUCUGUAUAGCUUGUGGCUAUUUAUCAAAACAAGUAGUCCCUCGUCACAUCAGACAACAAAUACUGCAUGCAGAGGCGCAAAACAAUGGCUGAAAACAAUUCCAGAACUUCUUCAUGCCAUUGGAUUAACCUUCUAUGCUUUGAAAGUGAUACCAAACGUUGAUAUUUUUCUACUGUUUGGAUUUGUCGCAUUUACUGGAUAUUGCUUGAAAAAUGAUCAAUCAAAUUACAUUGAUGAGGAUUUAAAUAUAAUAUACAUUAUUUUAUCUUUGCUUCUCAUUUCAUCUCGCUAUUGGGAAUGUUUCGUGACAGUCAAAGAUGAAGAUAUGGCAGGUGAAAAUAUAGAUGAUCAGAAUGUAAAUGCGAAGAACAGAGAAUACAAACCUAAUGCGAAGCAAAGAUACAAAAUAGAGCUUUGUUGCUCGGUUUUGAGACUCUUCACAAUAGUUUUGCUCUCCUUCAUAAUCUAUUUCAUAAUUGAUGAAAACAAAGCAAUUGUAUUUGAGAAAACUGGAAGAAAUCCGAUUCGAUUCAAAGAUUAUGAAAGAGUAGAUAAAAAAUGUUCAAGGAUUAUCACCUCUCUCUGGGCGACAGGAAUCACUCAUUGUGCGUCUGCCUUUAUGACGUUUUUCUUUGGUACCUUAGCUUGCAAAACGUUGGUACAAUUUUGGGGAUUUCUUUUGCCAUUGACUCUUGUUACACCGUCAAUGUUUGUCAUGGUAACUUGGAUUUCUGAGACGCAGACACUGAUGGAUAGUUUUGGCCUAACAUUGAUCCAUCCAGAAAUAAAUAACUUCAUUGGAUGGAAAACAACAAGUCAUCAAGGCAUCCAGUGGGAUAUUGUAAGCAUUUUUCUGAGUGGAACUUUCGGUCUUCUGUUGCUGACGUCGCAUUUGCGAAAAGGGGAACGGGACAGACUGGUGAAGACUGAAGUACUUUAUGCAAAACCAAUCUGCGGUGGGCCGUUCAUUACAGAAGCCUUGUUGUUAAACAGAAGGAAACGUGUGUCUCGAAAACCUCGCAAAAAUGAUGGAGAAAAUGGAUUUGCCGGGGAAAUGAACAAUACUGUUCCACAUUUAUUUUUAUGCACGACAAUGUGGCAUGAAAAAAAGAACGAAAUGCUACAGCUUUUAAAGAGUGUUAUGAGGUUGAAUAAAGAACAAAAGGAAAUGAAGGAGGGUGAUGAUCUUUUUCAGUUUGAAGUACACAUAUUUUUUGAUGAAGCAAUGACAGUGGAAAUUAUUGAAAAAACAGAGAAUACACAGGAAAGUCAAAAAUCCUUAAAUUCCUACGUCAAAGAACUUCUAAAUCAGAUUCCAUUAGCUGCAAAUUCAAUCAAAGCAAAUUCUGGUGACUGUUUACUAAAUGGAGUGUGUUGCACGCCCUAUGGAGGAAGAUUAACAUUCAUUCUACCACACGAUGAUGGGGAAAAUGAGGAAAAGGGAAACAAGCUCGUAAUUCAUCUAAAAGAUAAGUUAAAAAUAAGAAAUGGGAAACGCUGGUCUCAAGUCAUGUAUAUGUCUUACUUGCUGGGCUAUAAGAAAACAGCGAUACGUAGUUACGACUCAAAAAACACAUAUGUUCUUGCACUAGAUGGCGAUGUGGACUUUAAAAUUAAGUCGGUAACGCGUUUAUUAGAUCGGAUGAAAAGAGAUAAAAAAGUUGGAGCAGCGUGUGGGCGAAUUCAUCCAAUUGGGAGUGGCCCAGUCGUUUGGUUCCAGAAAUUUGAAUACGCUGUUGGACAUUGGUUGCAGAAAACCGCAGAAGAUGUACUUGGGUGCGUUCUUUGCAGCCCUGGAUGCUUCAGUUUGUUUAGAGCAGAAGCUCUAAUGGACGAAAAUGUAGCGCACAAAUACACUACUGUGGCAGAAGGAGCAAAAGAGAAGAUACAACGAGAUCAAGGUGAAGACAGAUGGUUGUGCACUUUGCUGUUGAAAGCGAAAUACAAAAUUGAAUACUGUGCUGCAUCACACUCAUAUACCUUCGCCCCAGAAAGUUUCAAAGACUUAUACAAACAACGAAGGCGGUGGGGACCAUCAACUUUAGCAAACGUUUUUGACAUAUUACUUGAUGCAAAAAAGGCGAUGAAGAAUGAUUACAUAAGUUUUGGGUACAUUGUGUAUCAGAUACUUCUGAUGACUGCGUCACUGCUCGGACCAUCAACUGUGAUUCUUAUUAUACAAGGAGCGUUCCAAUAUGUGUUUGGCAUGAGUCCGAUAGGCGGUUUGAUGGCUGCUCUGCUACCGGUUAUUGCGUUUGUUGUUAUUUGUUAUACCGUUGAAAAUCGUAACCAUCAAAUCGUUGUUGCCGAAGUAUUGACUCUCGUCUAUGCCCUAGUGAUGAUGGCUGUUUUAGUUGGAGUCAUUGGACAAAUUGUUGAGAAUAUUAUGAAUCCGACAUCCCUUUUUAUGUUAGCGAUGAGUUCAAUAUUUAUUAUUACUGGCAUAUUGCAUCCAAUGGAGGUGUCGUGCUUGAUUCAUGGGAUCCUCUAUUAUAUCUGCGUUCCCUCCGCUUUCAUUUUUAUGGUCGUUUAUUGUUAUUGUAACAUGCACGACGAAUCAUGGGGAACGAGGGACGAUAAACAGACAAAUAAGGAGCAGAACGCCAAAGAUAACCGGGAUGCUGACAAAAUCCAAGAUGAAGACACAGGCUAUAUGGAGAAAGGAAACUAUGGAUGCAUGAUCGGAAAUUUAUGCAACUGUGCAAUUUGCAUAAACCCGCGUGGAAAAUAUAAGCUUGUUACGAACAAGGACACGAUCAGUACCCAAAACGAUUCAACAGAUAGAAAUGAAAGUCCAAUUGUGAGCCAAAGAGCUUUAAACGCUGAAGAAAAAAGUAGAAAAAUUGUUUUAUUUCAACAGGCACUCAACACGCAUAUGGGAAUUGGAGAAUCGUCAGAAAAGCCCACUGUCGAUAUAUUUAAAUCCUCAGACCGGCAGGAGAUAUAUUGGAAUCUUGAUGAUCAACAGCCGUUUCACGAACCAUUAGCCAUGGUAAAAUUAAGCAGGAAUGAAGAGGAAUAUUGGGAGAAAAUGAUUGAAAAGUAUUUGAAACCAAUUAACAAGAAAAAACCAGAACAGAAAAAGAAGGAUGAGAAAAUAGGGGAAGAGCUAAAAGAAUUACGAGAUAAAAUGAGUGCUGCAUAUUUUUUCGUCAACAGUAUCUGGAUAGUUCUAACAUUUUCUCUUACAAUGAUUAUACAUGACGUCAAUAUAACGUUCCAUGAUAAAUACGGGAACGCAAUUGUGCUCAAUCCCCUCGCAUUUGUGUUUCUCAUAUUUUUUGCUUCCAUUUUGCUUGUCCAGUUUAUAACAAUGUUGCUACAUCGAUGGGAUACAUUUCUUCAUAUGUUGUCAGAAACAAAACUUCGAGAUAAUACAAGUAAAAAACCGAGUACAGAUCAGCAGGCUCUUUCGUCUGGUUAG